AUGGCAAGGAAGUGUGGACAUGUAUUCAUGCUUUUCAUAUUUCUGUUCCACCCCCCUAUGAUGUCAACACUGGAUGACGUAGAUGACAACAACAACAACAACAUCAUCAACAAUAACAACAUCGACAAAAACAACAACAACGAUGAUGACGUUAAUGACAACAACAGCAACAACAACAACAACAUCAACAACAACGAUGAUGAUGUGAAUGGCAACGACAACAACAUCAUCUUCAACAACAACAACAACAACAACAACAUCAACAAAAACAACAAAAACAAUGAUGACGUGUAUAACAACAACAACAGCAACAACUAUAGCAGCCGCAACAACAACAACAAUGAUGACGGUGGUGGUGAUAAAGAUGAUAAUGACGAUGGUGUCGAUGGUGGUGACGACUACAACUAUAAGGGUGACGAUGUUGGCGGUGAAGAUGACGACGAUGAUGAUUACAGUUGGAAGGACAGCUAUGUUGAUGACGAUCGUAACAGAAAUAAAAUACUCCUCUCCAUUUCACCAGCUGACGUGAAUGUUCAAGAAGGAAGUGACGUCACGAUUCAGUGUUCCAUCUCGACGUCAUCCUCUUCAUCCUCUUCAUCGUCAUCGUCAUCAUCAUCAGUGACGUACGACUCGUCAGAUAUCAAUUUUUGGACGGUCUCAUUGGAUCCAUCCUACAGAUAUGACAACACUCUUAGCAACAACAAAAACAACAACGACAACGAUGCCAACACUCCUGACAUUAACAACUGUCUUAAAAAUUACAACAACAACAACAAUAAUAAUUGUAAUAACCAUAAUAACAUCAACAACAACAACAACAACAAUAACAAACACAACAACAACAUAGAAUUUUACAAAAUAAAAAAACCACAAAACGCGACCACAAGGGUGACAGCCGACACGGCCACACUAACCUUGAGUGACCUUCGAAUAGUUGAUGACUUAACGUACGUUUACUGCUCCAUCUCCAACACGUCAUUUCUUGACUUCUCCGUAAUCCGUGUGGCACGUCCACCGGGCAGACCCUGGAUAGACCCGUCAUCCCUUCGCUACUGCAACAUGAUGGCCUUCACCUUCCGGUGGUACCUGGAAGGUGGGGAGUGUGAGAACAGUCUCAACACGACGUAUUCAUCAUGGUUUAAAAUCAAGUAA